AUGGCUUCUGAAGCCAAUCGCAUAAUAGCAGUCACAACGAUACCGUGUUUAUUGUAUGCAUUAUUUGAGGCACAAAAUAUCAAGCAAAAAUUGAGUGCCGUGGGGCCACUGAUCAACAGAUUUGUGAGCUCGACACAUUACUGGGUGUUGCUCAAGCGUAGUGAUGACAUUCAAAAAUUAAUACGACAUAUGGAGACAGACUGGAAUCUUAUGCAAAGGAUCGAUGAACGAGAAGUGAUGCUGCAGCAUGCCAAAUUCGGCCGUUUCAUUACUAUAAUCUGCGGGAUAAUGAUGCAAAGCGGUUGCCUAUUGUACGGCUUAGGGCAAUCGAUAAAAACUGCAACUAUUAUCAUCGGCAACGAGACUUUUACAACACAUCUGAUGACGUGUCCAAUUUACAACAAAUUCAUCGACGUGAGAUUUACUCCUGUGAAUGAAAUCGCGUUAGUUUUCCAAAACUUGGUACUAUUAGUAAUAAGUUUCUGUAAUGCCGGUGGUUGCAGUUUGGCUGCUGUCUUCGCGAUACAUGCUUGUGGUCAGUUAAACGUGUUAUACGCCUGGUUGCAUGAAUUAAUUAAGAACAGUACAAAAGAAAAUGAUAAAGCUGAAAGAAACCUGGCUGCUGUUGUAGAACGUCAUCUAAGAAUAUUGAGUUUUAUAUCACAACUGGAAAAUAUUAUGCAUAAAGUCGCUCUUGUGGAAUUAGUGGGAUGCACGAUAUCAUUGUGCUUAAUUGGAUAUUACAUUAUUAUGGCUUGGGAAACGUUCGAUGCAAUGAAAAUAACAUCUUACGGCGUAUUGUAUUUAUCGUUGUGUUUCAAUAUCUUUAUAUUUUGCUACAUCGGAGAAAUUAUCACAGAGCAGUGUAAACUGGUCGGGGAAAUGACAUAUAUGACUGACUGGUACAAUCUACAUCACAAAACUGCACGCGAUCUCAUUCUGAUUAUUGCCCGAUCGAAUGAUAUAAUUAAGUUUACAGCAGGAAAAUUAUUCCAUUUAUCUAUCACAACUUUUGGUAAUUACACUAUGUGCUUUCGUGCAGUGAUCAUGUCAAAUUUGAAACGUGCAUCAGAAGAUAAUAGAUCGAAAAAAUAUAACGAUUACAGUUUACAAUUUAGUCGAUGGAUUCUCAAAUCAAUUGGUGCGUGGCCACAAAUAAAUGCACCGAGUCUAGGAUACAAAAUCAUGAUAUUACUGCAAAUUUUCAUAUGUUCAAGCAUAAUAGCAGUCCCAACGAUACCGUGUAUCUUGUAUGUGUUAUUUGAAGCAGACAAUAUCAAGAAAAAACUGAGUACCUUAGGACCAUUCAUCAACAGAUUUAUGAGCACGAUACAUUACUGGGUGUUGCUGAAUCGUAGCAAUGACAUACACAAAUUAAUACAACAUAUGGAGAAAGACUGGAGUCUCGUGCAAAAGAUCGAAGAACAUGAAGUGAUGAUGCAACAUGCGAAGUUUGGUCGUUUCGUUACUGUAAUCUGUGGGAUAAUGAUGCAGGGCGGUUGCCUAUUGUACGGCUUAGGGCAAUCGAUAAAAACUGUUACUAUCACUAUCGGCAACGAGACUUUUACAACGCAUCCGAUGACGUGUCCGAUUUACAGCAAAAUCAUCGAUACGAGAUUUACUCCUUUAAAUGAAAUCGUGGUAGUUUUGCAACAGCUGGUAAUAUUAGUAAUAAGUACUUGUGCUGUCGGAGCUUGCAGUCUGGCUGCUGUCUUCGCGAUACAUGCUUGUGGUCAGUUAAAGGUGCUGUACCUGUGGCUACAUGAAUUAGUUGAAAAUCGAACGAAGAAAAAUGAUAAAGCUGAACAAAGACUGGCUGCUAUCGUAGAACAUCACCUAAGAAUAUUGAGUUUUAUAUCACAACUGGAAAGUAUUAUGCAUAAACCAGCUUUUGCUGAAUUAACGGGAUGCACAACAUUAAUGUGCAUGCUUGGAUAUUAUGUUGCUAUGAGUUGGGAAACACUUGAUACGACAAAACUAACAUCUUAUCUUUUUCCAUAUUUAUCAACGAGUUUCAAUAUUUUUAUAUUCUGUUACAUCGGAGGAAUUAUCACAGAACAGUGCAAACUUGUCGGAGAAAUGGCAUAUAUGACUGAUUGGUAUAAUCUACACCACACAACUGCACGUGGUCUUAUUCUGAUUAUUGCCCGAUCGAAUAACGUAGUUAAAAUCACAGCGGGAAAAUUAUUCCAUUUAUCCAUCGCUACUUUUGGUGAUGUAAUUAAAACAUCGGUCGCAUAUUGCAAUUUUUUGCGAACAAUGACUAUGUAA